AUGCGGUUUCUCAGCUCGAGCGAUCAGGAUAUGUACACGUCCUCCUUUAGACUGAUGAGCAGCGAGCAGAGAGAAAGAAUCCGAAAUUCCCACGGUCAGAGAUUGCCGCGAAUCUCUUGGAAACGCAGCAAACUUUUCCCGCGCCUUGCAUCCGCGACUGUAUGCAUGCAUAAAGAACACCUCCACUCAUCUUCUCCUCAUCUUCUGCCCCUCCCACCAAGCUUACCAACGCACUGCUCUCCUUCUUACCUGCGAAACAGCUCCUCCAAAUGCCAUCUCGAACAGCAACAACAAUCAAAACCAAACCCACCACGCUUAGGGAGCACCAAAAGAAACAGCACCAAAAAGAACAAAUGCAACAAGAAAACCGCCUCCUCCGUCCUCUGCUUAUCUUCAUCGCCGCCCUCCUCAUCCUCAUUGCCUCCUGGUUCUUCCUCUCCCGAUCUCCACCAUCUCAACCAAACUCAUCGACCGCUUCCUCCCAUUCUUCUUCGUCUUCUCAACACCAAGUACAAGCUCCGCCGUCGAAGCCCAACAAGAACAACGAACUGGCUCAGAGCAAAUGCAUGUAUCUUCCAAAUGCUGUGCCGCGGAUGGAUGGUGGUCAGGGCUUCGCCAUUCAUAGAGGAGAGUGUAUUCCGAUUACGUGGGCGUAAUGAGGAUGAGGAGGAGGAUAAGGAGGAGGAUGAGGAGGAGGAUGAGGAGGAGGAUGAGGAGGAGGAUGAGGAGGAGGAUGAGGAGGAGGAUGAGGAGGAGGAUGAGGAGGAGGAUGAGGAGGAGGAUGAGGAGGAGGAUGAGGAGGAGGAUGAGGAGGAGGAUGAGGAGGAGGAUGAGGAGCUCUUCGUCAAUUCGUGCAUAGCUUGGGACAUUGCCGCUGGCCACCAAUCAGCCCGAGCUCAACCACGACAGGUAUUCGUUACUGGCCGCUUACCUCUCUUCCCAAAUGGCCUCUCAAAAACUGAUGCUUCUUACGGGCUUCCGAGUUUUCCCUCCAUUUCAGACCUUGCAAUUCAUGUCGCUCUCGACUUGGCAUUGACAAUUAUACCCUGCAAUGACUUCUACUGCGGUGCUUUCAAUCGAGCCAUAGGCCACCGCCAGUGGCAUUCAGACACCACUACUCAAAGACGUGCUCGCCCAGCUUCACACAAUAAGCGCUUCACGUUGUUGCACUCUAUCACAGGCGCUAUUGCCGAUUUGGUGUACUUCGUAGUCCCUCUCAACAGCCUGGACGAUGUACGCAGCAUGCUUUCCAUUCUUGGGAACGACUCAACGCCUGGCUGUCGAUGUCUCCUUGGAAAACCGGCAAUGACUUGGCCUGGAGAGGCAAAUGACCUGAAGCCGGGGAAGGCGGCAUUUUCAUAA